CACUGUCUCACACUUCCAUCGCCUUCUUCUUCCUCCUCCUCCUCCUCCUCCCCAAACCACCUCGUUGCUUCCUCUCAUUUCUGCUUGCCGUUUACCUCGUUCUGUUCCUAAAACUCACUUUUCAUGGCUUCUUCGGCUUUUGAUCUUCCAGUCUCUCACCGAAGAGCUCGCCUUUAAGUUCAUCCCAGCAGAAUAUCCUUCUGAAAUGGGAACAUUGCUGUUUUUUGGCACCUUCAUCAACCAUUAAGCAAUGGGGGGAAUCUGUUCCAGGAAGCGAGAUCAGCAAGUCGUUGAAUAUGGUUUGCAUAGAGUAGUCUCAAGAAGGUAUUGUAGAAGUGCUAGCGCAAAAUGGUCAAGAGCCACAGCUUUGCAUUCUAUGGCAAGUCAUCACUUAGAAGGGGGUGGUUGCCCUUCUCUCAUGGAGCUAUGUAUCCGUAAAAUACGUGAGGAUAUUGACAAAUAUAGUUCAUUUUCAAUUCUUCCAAGGGACAUAAGCCAGCAAAUCUUCAAUGAAUUGGUGGAUUCUCAUUGCCUCACAGAUGUAUCAUUGGAAGCUUUCCGAGAUUGUGCUCUUCAGGAUAUUUUUUUGGCUGAAUAUCCUGGGGUACAUGAUGGUUGGAUGGACACAAUAUCUUCGCAAGGAGAAUCUUUACUCUCUGUUGAUCUUACUCGGUCUCAAGUGACAGAUAAGGGAUUGCGUUUCCUGAAAGAUUGCUCAAAUCUUCAAGCAUUAACUCUUGAUUUCUGCAACCAAUUCUCAGAACAUGGGCUUAAACACAUUAGUGGUCUUUCAAACUUGACUUCCUUGAGUAUCCGAAGGAGCAGCACUGUUACACCUGAUGGAAUGCGUACCUUCUCCAAUUUAGUUAAUCUGGAGAAGUUGGACCUGGAGAGGUGUCCAGAGAUUCAUGGUGGUUUUGUUCAUCUUAAAGGUUUGAAAAAGCUGGAGUCUCUUAAUAUCGGAUGCUGCAAAUGUGUCAUAGAUUCAGACAUAAAGGCUAUCUCAGGGCUUUCAAAUCUCAAGGAGUUACUAAUUUCCAACACCAGUAUUACAGAUCUUGGAAUUAGUUAUUUGAGAGGUUUGCAGAAGCUUACUACCUUGGACAUGGAAGGUUGCAAUAUAACUGCUUCAUGUUUAGAUUCUAUUGCUGCCUUAGCAGCCUUGGCUUGCUUAAAUCUUAAUAGAUGUGGUCUUUCUGAUGAUGGGUUUGAAAAAAUUUCCGGCCUUAAAAGCUUGAAGAGGUUGAGCCUGGGAUUCAACAAUAUCACAGACGCAUGUCUGAUUCAUCUGAAAGGUUUAAUGAAUUUGGAGUUUUUGAAUCUGGAUUCUUGCAAGAUAGGUGAUGAAGGGCUGGCUAAUUUGACAGGUCUCAGUUGUCUGAAAAGUUUGGAGUUGUCUGACACUGAAGUUGGGAGCAAUGGGCUGCGUUAUAUAUCAGGUUUAAACAAAUUGGAAAGUUUGAAUCUGUCAUUUACCUUGGUAACUGAUAGUGGCUUGAAAAGGCUGUCAGGAUUGACGUCUCUUAAAUUGCUCAAUCUGGAUGCCCGUCAGAUUACUGAUGCUGGACUUGCAAAACUUACUAGUCUGAGUGGAUUGAUAAAAUUGGAUCUUUUUGGAGCACGAAUUUCAGACUCUGGCACUGCAUAUUUACGAUACUUUAAGAACCUACAAUCCCUUGAAAUAUGUGGUGGAGGAUUAACUGAUGCAGGCGUCCAAAAUAUUAAAGACAUUGUCUCCCUGACACAGUUAAACCUGUCCCAGAAUUGCAACUUGACAGAUAAAACUUUGGAAUUACUCUCUGGAUUAACUGGACUGAGGUCACUAAAUGUGUCCAAUUCUCAAAUAACCAACGAAGGACUUCGGUAUCUGAAGCCUUUGAAGAACUUACGCACCCUAAAUCUGGAGUCUUGCAAAGUUACUGCAUCUGAAAUCAAGAAGCUUCACUUAACUGAGCUUCCCAAUUUGAUAAGCUUUCGACCAGAAUAGACCAGGGACAUUGAAUUGUCUCUCAACCUGGGGCAGCUAUCUGUACAUACUGAUGACAUUGUCUUGAAUAUUCAUAAAUGGCCAUCAAGUAAUAGAAGGUAAGAAGGGGUUGGUUCUCAUAAAUGUACGCACUUUAUGUAAUUAUGCACGUGAAUUUCAAUUUUCAUAUCUUUCUUCCCACCCCUUUUGGAUGCCGAUGCUCACUCACUGGGCCUUUCAGUGCCUCUUUUCCACUGUAUAAUAACACACUGAUGGAACAAGUAAAUGUUCUAAACAGUGCACGGUUGGUACUGCGGUCUAUUCAAUGCACAUGGCUAUAUAAAUAAUGUUUCAUUUUCA